AUGACGCCCGGCAAACAUUCCCGAGCCUCAGCCAGAGCCGCUAACGCCGAGGGUUGGGGACAGGGACUCCAGAAGCAGCCAGGGAAGGGGUGGCCCACCACUCCACAGCCUGUCGCAACCAUGCCUAUCUCUCCAGCAAACAGCCGCAAGCAACAGAACCUCUGGUUGAGCACUGGCCCACAGCCAAAGAAGUCUAUUAGUUUUAUCAGCACAGUAAAAGGAACCCAAACAAAAGGAUAUAGUGGUGCAAACCAAAGCAGAAUGGCUCUGUCAAAAACCUUGACAAUUGCACCUGAGAUAAAAGCAGAAAAAAUGAGUAUUUCCACCCCAAGGACAGUCAUACAGGUAAUUGAUGCACAUGGAGUUGAUGUCACUCCCCGACCUCUUUACCAUCCAGAUCCACAUACAGGUACAGCAAAGCCAAAUAAACUACUGACAUCACGAGAAGGAUCAUUUGCAGCAGAAUUUAUAUCUUCUUAUAGCCUUUAUCAGAAUACAUUAAAUCCUAGUAUGUUAGGGCACUUUACAAGGUCAGUUUUAGGAAGCAGUAUAGUUUCUAAGUCAAGUGUAUCUACUACUGAAUCAAUAGCAGAAGACCUAGAAGAACCAUCCUAUAAACGAGAAAAAUUGACUAGUUUUACAGAUUUACGAGUUAUGAGGGCAACACCUGGAAAAAUUGUAACAAAAGAAGACCUAGAAAAGACUAUAGAGAUAAUACUCACAGAGACGGAAACACUAAGAUUUUUUAACCUACCAACAGUCAUGGUUUCUGUAGAAUCUGAAGAAGCUAUGAAAGUAAGGCGGAGAAACAAGAAUUAUGAGACCCUUUGUAGAAAUAGAUUAGGCAAUGACUUAUAUGCUGAAAGGAUGAUGCAGACUAUUAAUGGAGCACCAAAGAAUAAAGAUGUUCAGUGUGACAAAAUCGUAAAAGAAGACAAAGGUAUAAUGUCCACUACUUGGGAUUUGCAUGAUUCUUACAUUGCUAUGGAGCUUUCAUCUUUACCAGCAAAACAAUCUAUCCUUGAUUCAUGUGGUAAAGCAAAUGUACCUUCUAAAGAUCGAGAGCAAAGAGUGCCAGGGAGUACUACAGAAAAAGAUAGUGAAGCUAGUUCUUUAAUGGAUAUAGAAAAUGUAAUUUUGACUAAAGUCCAUGAUGAUGAAGUAGACCACUCAGAGACAAUAUUGAAAUCUGACAAGUUUCAUCAGGAUUUAUUUUUUAUGGAACGAGUUCUAAUGGAAAAUAUAUUUCAACCAAAACUUGCAGCUUAUCGUCAGCUUCCUAUUUUAAAAGAACCAGAACCUGAAAAACCUGAAGACUUUCAAGAAGGUGAAAAACUUGAAAAGACAGAGGAAGAGGGUCAGAAGGAAGAGGAAGAAGAAAUAGAAAUAAGUACAGGACAAUCAACAAUACCAGCCAAUUUAGAACGACUUUGGUCCUUUUCCUGUGACUUAACCAAAGGCCUUAAUGUGAGCAGCCUUGCCUGGAAUAGAAGAAAUCCUGACCUUUUGGCUGUUGGCUAUGGGCACUUUGGAUUUAGAGAGCAAAAAAGAGGAUUGGCUUGCUGCUGGUCAAUAAAGAAUCCUAUGUGGCCAGAACGUAUUUAUCAGAGUCCAUAUGGAGUUACUGCUGUGGAUUUCUCCAUUGGAGCACCUAAUCUUUUAGCAGUUGGCUAUCACAAUGGUACCAUUGCAAUUUAUAAUGUACAGAGCAACAGUAAUGUUCCUGUUCUGGAUAGUAGUGAAUCACCUCAAAAACAUUUGGGACCUGUAUGGCAACUACAGUGGAUAGAACAAGAUCGAGGGACAACAGGGGAUGACAAAAGAGAAAUACUAGUUUCUAUAUCAGCAGAUGGAAGAAUCUCCAAAUGGGUUAUACGGAAAGGACUGGACUGCCAUGAUUUGAUGCGUUUGAAGCGAACUACUUCUAGCAGCAGCAAAAAAGGAGGGGAAAAAGAAAAGAAAGGUGAAGCUCUGAUAUCUCGACAGGCCCCUGGAAUGUGUUUCGCUUUUCAUCCUAAGGAUACAAAUAUCUAUUUGGCUGGGACCGAGGAGGGUCAUAUUCACAAAUGUUCUUGUUCGUAUAAUGAACAAUACCUAGAAACCUACAGAGGACAUAAGGGUCCAGUGUAUAAAAUAGCAUGGAAUCCAUUUUGUCAUGAUGUGUUCUUAAGCUGUUCUGCAGAUUGGGGUGUUAUUAUAUGGCAACAGGAGAAUCCCAAGCCAUUUUUGAGUUUUUAUCCAACUACUUAUGUUGUUUAUGAUGUUGCCUGGUCUCCAAAAUCAGCCUAUAUAUUUGCAGCCGCAAACGAGAGCAGAGUAGAGAUUUGGCACCUUCACAUCAGCACUUUGGAUCCUCUGAUUGUGCAUGUUGCUAACCCCGGAAUCAAGUUCACAACUGUCCUCUUUGCCAAACAAACAGAUUGCCUUCUGGUGGGUGACAGUGAUGGACAGGUUGGUGUGUAUGAACUGAGAAAUAUGCCUGCUGCUUUGGAUUCUGGCCGGGGAGAUGUAAUAGAUAUUUUGAUUGGAUCCAAGUCAAAACAACCAGGAUAAUUCAUCAUUACUAAUACCUUCUCUUGUUGCUGUUUAAAGAAAAAGAAACAGUGUUUAAUAUCCAAUAGUCCAAUUUGUAUGCAGUAAGCUGGGAUUUUGAUGUUAGAAAAUGACAUUUGAUGUAUAACUUACAUUUCAACUUAACAUAAACUUAAUAAACUUUUAUUUCAGAGAUAUGUGAUCUAGGCUUAAUUGUAAGAGUUUUUUUGGGAUUUUCUUAAUGUUUUUAGUCAUAUUCCAAGUACAUAUAACCACAUAUGUGUACUUACAAAAUCUCCAAAUAGGUUAGAAAAUUAUUCCAUUGGAAGCAAAACUUUGAAAUUAUUAGAAUUACUUAAACCAAAAUCUUUACAAGAUGAAGUUUCAUAGAAUUUCAGGUCUGCUUUCCAAGAUCUGUUUUCUAAAGUUUAUGAAUUAUGCAUGUGUUAGUGUUAGGAGAAUACUGGAUUUUCACACCCAACUUCAUUUACGUUAUAUUUUUUAUGUUUUCACACCCAACUUUAAAUCAGAAUUUUAUCCUCUUAGAUUUGCGAGUGGAAGCUAUUGAACUUUGUUAGACUAUCUGACAAGCAAACAACGUGACAGCAAAUGUCAAAAUUGCAUCGUUUAGCCAGCAGGCAUCACACUCCCAAUUCAGGGAGAAGAGUUAGUCUGGGACACAUCAGGGCACCCUCCUCUGCAUGCCCCAAAUUGGCUCUGGGUUUUAAGCCCAGACUUAAGUGGGCCCAGAGAGAAAAUAGAGAGUCCUUGAUCUAUAGUUGGCAUCAGAAUGUUAUCUUAUGAAGGGUUCUAGAGCUAGCUUGUAGAAAUAGGAGAGUGGGAGGUAACAACUCCUCCAAACAGAUUGCUAACAGCCUAUUCCGUGCUGUUUGCUAGAACAAGUCCUGCGUUUUGUUAACCGAGGCCAUAGGACAGUAUGGCCUGUUUUAUAAAGCAUUCUAAGUGGAGAGGAAAGGCAUCUGAAACUCACUAAAAUCUCUGAAAAAAAAAAGGUGUGUAUAAAACUAAGAAUGGAGUCUGUGCAACCGUAGAAACUGCCUUUUUUAA